ACACAUGUUGCUGCAUCGGAUUGAGCCGUGUUUGAAAACGGUGAAGUGUACAAGUUUAGCCUGAGUGUGAGACAUGGCGUCUAGCCGUCUAGGCCUCCUGCGUCCGCUGCUCUGCUACAUCAGAAGCCCCGUUGUAAGCAGCGUGCGAGUGCCUCCUCUCACUCAACAUCUCUGCCCCCAUGUUGUCGUCUCUCCACUUUGUUCCAGCCGCCAUUACGCUACGAAGAAAAGCAAAGCAAAAGCGAAGAACCAGACGGCAAAAGUGAGCAUCAACGCCGCCCUGGUGGAGGACAUUAUCAGCCUGGACGAGGUGAAGGAGGACAUGGCUGCUGUGCUGGUUAUGCUGAAGGACGACUUCAGCCGCAACCUUGGGAUUAGAACCUCACCAGGCGCCUUGGAUCACAUCACGGUCAGCACCAAGGAUGGAAAAUUCCCUCUGAACCAGCUCGGACAGAUCUCCAUGAAAUCUCCACAGCUCCUCAUUAUCAACAUGGCCAGCUACCCCGAGGCCACAGCAGCAGCCGCCCGUGCUCUACAGGAGAGCAGCAUGAAGUUGAACCCAGAGGUGGAGGGCAACAUCAUCAGAGUCCCCACUCCUAAGGUGACCCGGGAGCACAGGGAGAACCUCACUAAACUCGCAAAACAGUUCAGCAACAAGGCCAAAGAGUCGGUGAGGAGGAUUCGCUCCAACGCCCUGGCGCGGGUGAAGAGGAGUAAAGAGGGCGUGUCCGAGGACACCAUCCACCUGAUAGAGAAGCAGAUUCAGCAGAUGGCGGACACUUUCUCAGCAGACAUCGACAAACAGCUCGCUUCUAAAACCAAAGAGCUCCUCGGCUGACGCGGAUUUCCUCACCAAGAUUUCGAAAGAUUUAUUUUGCCGGAAGCUGGACAUCACAAAAUCUAUUUAACGGACUAAAUAUAAAGCAGCGUGUUGAUGAAACUGGACUGUGCUGGGGCGUUAGUUGUUUGUGUGCUUUCAUGACUCAUAAACAAACUUCGCCGUGGCACGGUAGUGGCGGUUAGCGGCCACGCCCAUCCUCACAUCCUCAAACGAACCACCGAGAGGACGGAUGAAGAUGAAGUUUUAAUGUGAUUCAGGGUUCCUCCCUGCUAAUCAGCACGAUGCCACGCUCACACAGCCGCAGCAUUUGUCUCAGAAAGCGCAGAAGCAAAAAAGGAGAAGAAACUCCUUCAGCUCUACAGGAUGGAGCUCGUAAUCAGGUGUUUGUUUCCUCUACAUCGCCACUGAGACAAAAAUGUUCUAUUUGUUUGUGAGAAUAAAAUCUCCGAAGCAAUA